UCGUGUUCGUCGUCUUCGACUUCGCCAUUCGUCAAUCGCCAUUUUGUUUUUGUGAAACCAAGAAGAAAUGUGUAGCGAUUGCAGUGUGCAGUAUUUUAAAUAUUAUUUCGUAAAAUAUUAGUUGUAGUGAAUAUUUGUAAUCAAGUAAUUUUAGUGUCGCGGUUUAACUGCACUUAAGCAGUUCAACAUGGAUCCUCCGUUGGAUGCGUCGUUGGUGGCGCAGUCCUUAAAUUACCAUGGACAGCAAUUGCAAAAAACGUGGGAGGCCGAGCGGGGUGAAGAGGAUUUGGCCAAGAUUGGCGUUGGACCGUUGGAUUUUGCUGUAUACCAAUCCAGGCACAAACAUCUUACUUUCCAAGAUCGUAGCAAACGGUUAAAACUCCAUCAGUUUAUUGCUAAGGAAGCAAAUGUUUUGUUUGACUCCACGGUUACGGAGGAGCCGACUUCAUCAAGUUUGGGAGCCGAUGCGACGGCCCCGGAAGACAAUUUAUUCGCAUUGAUGCCACCCUUUGAAACCUUUUUAAAUGUGGACAAGUCAGCAAGGUUGAGGCAUUUCUUUGAUAAUGUGAAGACUGGAGAGUUGAUCAUUGGAGCGGUGAUCAACAGAACUGCAUCAGGGAUGAUGUUGAAGGUGCUAUGCACAGCCGGACCCACUUCCAGAUAUGUAGCUGAUAUCAAUGUUAAGGCAUUUUUACCUGUGGGAAAUAUCAUACCGGCAGUGGACAAGAAAAAUGUGUCAAGAAACUACCUGAUGAAUGACACAGUUUGCUGUGAAGUUAUCGAAGUAAUUCCCGACACUGACAAAAUGGUUUGCGGCAUGAAGGGCGUGACUCGGGGGCCCGACGAUCCGCCGCCCAAGCCGCCCCUCGGCCUCCUCAGCACUGACGACUUUCCUCUCGUCUACAAGAAAACUAUGGAAAUGAAGGGUGAAAGCUAUGAAGCCAUUUUGGAGAAGAGCCCGGGCUUCAAUAACCCAAACUGCGUUCAAUACCUCUCUGAACUCUUGGGAAUCUCUAAUAUGCAUUGCACCAAUUUUGCAUCAUUGAGAGGAGGAUUUUCGUCGUCGGAUUAUGCAGAUGAAUUACGUCAAGCUCAAGCUAGCAAGUGGGCAUUCCGGUCAGUAGCUGAAGGGAUAGAACACUUCAAAGCUGGGAGACAUUCAGAAGCGUUCCAGUGUCUCAAUAAAGCUCUGAGUAUAGAUCCAAGAAAUGUCGAAGGUCUAGUUGCCAGAGGAGCUCUCUAUGCCAACAGUGGAACAUUUAAGAAGGCUAUUGAGGACUUUGAAACUUCCUUGAAACUCAACCCCAAUCAUGCCAACGCCAGGAAAUAUUUGGGAGAGACGUUAGUAGCACUUGGACGCAGCUAUGAAGAUGAGAAUAAAAUUGCAGAAGCGCAGAAGGCGUAUGAAGAUUGCUUAGCGAUAAUACCGUUUCAUGAGGAAGCUCAGAACUCAUUAGAUUUCCUUAAGAGCAAAACAUCUACAACUAAACCUUUGAUAGAACCGGAUGAGCUACUCUUGCCUGGUCUGACCGGUGCUAAGUCAUUUGAGAUGAAAGAGACACUGAAACAGUUGCUAAAUUUGACAGAGAAGAAGGAUAAGAAAAAGAAGAAAAAACGAGGAAAGGGAAAGAAGAAAAGAUCCAGCAGUUCGUCAUCAUCGUCAAGCGAUUCUUCUAGUUCUAGUUCUUCAUCAGAAUCAUCUUCGUCAUCAUCCGAUUCCAGUGAGUCGGAAGGGCCGAACCGUAAGAAGAAGCGUCGCUCGCAGUCGAACAACAAGCGGCAGCGCUCGCUGUCGCCGCUCAGCAAGCGCAUGGCGAUGCUGGGCGACGCGGACUCGGCGUCGCGCACUCACAACUCGCAGUUCAACCACCCCUACGGGUACCAGCCGCCGCCGCCCGUCGAGGAGCCGGCUAGCGCGCCCGCUCGCUCGCAGGCCGACGUCGAUUAUGAGUUAAAGGUAAGAAAGUUCCUAGAAAUGACCAAAGAAGACUCCGAUUAUGAAGAUAAGGUGCGCAACUUUUUGGAAGAGACUGCUCAAUAUAAGCGCAACCGUAAGAUGCAAGAGCUCGGGCAGCAGACGCAGCCAGGCGCCGAACACGACAAGAAGAAAAAGAAGAAGAAGGACAAGAAAAAGAAGAAAGAAUCGAAACGUAAACGCAAGGAGCAGGAGAGAGAAGAAAAGCGAAAGUCAAAGUUGUCGCGUAUGAGCAAUAAUUCGGAGUACUCUCUCCGUGAUUUGGAAAACAUUGGUGACAAGAAGUUAAGGGAUGCAAUUAGGAAAGAAUUGAAAGGGAAAUCCAAGAGAGACCUAAGUUCGGAAGGCGAAUAUGAUCGAAAACAUGAAAAGAGCCGAAUACUGGACGAGAUGCACGGGCUUGAAGAGCUGGAGUCCAAACUGUCGGCGUACCACGUGAUGGUGGAGAAGGAAGUGCUGGGCAAGCGCGACGGGCGCGGCUCCGUCAGCCCCAUCGACCAGGCGCCGCCGCUGCCGCUGGAGAAGCCCAAGUGGAAAAUGUCCAUGAGCGCUGUCAAAGAACCUAGGCCUAAGAAGAAAGAAACACCAGUACCGAAGGGGUACAAGGAACGCUAUGCAUUUGAAGAUAGUUCUGACGAUUCUCAGGAACAUCCCAAGCCCGCGCCCGGUGACAAGAACGUGUCGGUACGGCGCGCUAUGGCUAUGAAGGAGCCGCCGCCGCUGCCCAGCGCGCCGCCGCCCAAGCUGAGCCGCGAGCCCGACCCGCCCGGCACCGAGCCCCACCAACAACACCCGCACGCACCGCCGGUUCGCAAAGGCAACAUAGUGUUGGACAAGUUCGGCUCGUUCCGGCUGGCGCAAGAGGGCGAGACGCCCGUGUCGGUGGGCGACGGGCGGCCGGAGCAGUUCGUGACGCGCAUCAAGCCGCCCACGCCGUCCGGACGACGGCCGCGCUCGCCGCCCUCGCCGCGCCGACACUCGUCCAACUCGUCCGACGACGCGAGGCGCUCGCCCAAGCGGUCGAGGAGCAGGUCUCGGCCACGCAAAUAUCGUUUCCGUUCGGGGUCUCGGUCGGCUUCUCGCUCCGUGUCGAGCGCGAGCGGCUCGGUCGCGUCGCGCCGCCGUCGCUCCGCGUCGCCGCGUUCGCGCUCGCGAUCCGACGCGAGCCGCUCCUACUACUCGCGCAGUCGCUCGCGCUCCCGCUCCAUGUCCAGAGAUAGAAUGCGCCGCUUCAAUCGUCGCGGCAACUGGCGCGGUCGCGGAGGCUUUGAGCGCGGCACGUACUACCGGCCGCGCUUCCACACGUACAACGGCGGCGGCAACCGCGGGCGCGGUCGCGGCGACUUCCGGCGCGACGACGGUCGCCGCUUCCAGCACGAGUGGCGCGACAACCGCUCGCGCGGCGGACGGCCCUUCCGACCGCGGCGCGGCGGCGGCGGCAGGGGACGACCGUUUAGAGGUGGAUUCCGUGACUUCCGCGACCGCCGCGUGGGCAGAUACUCGCGCUCGCGCAGCCCCGACAGGACGCGCAGGUCCAGGUCUUACAGCCCUGAGAGAAGAGAUAAGGAAAGAGACAGCCACCGCAGUGAGGGCGAGUAUGAAGAGGAACGCUACGUGGACAGAAAGGAGUACGACGGCAAGUGGGCGGACGGCAACGAGCCUGAGAGGAACCACAACACCGAGGAGAAACCCGAGGAACCGCCAAAGGAAUAGACCACAUCUCACGAGUUUUUGCACAACCGCCGUCACUAGUUCCCGUAGCUUAAGUUUAGUGUUAUUGGCACCAAACUUAGUGUUCUAGCAAUUAUAAUCGCAAUUUUUAUUUUCUGAAUUAAUGUAGCUUUGAAAAAACUACUACAAAUGAAUUCUAUUAACUGCCCAUGUGGUAGGUGCAAAUUAUUAUUAUCACCAUGAUGUGACUAAAUAGUUGCUUUUAGUUGACCAACUUUUUGACAUGGUUCUUCGGGACUUGUUUAUAUAUUAGAUUAAAAUUCUGAAUUGUGCGAUUAUUAAUUUACAGUUUGGUGCUGCACCUGCAAAUGUUAUUAUUUUAUUAGUUUUGUAAAUAUUAGAUACGCGAAUAUGUAACAUAUAUUCAUUUACUUGUUUAUAAAAAAUAAUGCAGUUUUUAUUCACUUGAUUUUUUUUGUUACAUUGUCCCAAUGUCACUUUGGUUAGUUGUACUAUUUACUUAUAUGAUAUGGAUUAAUAUUAAGAACCAUUCCACAGUUAGAAUUAUAAUGACUAAAUUGAAGUUUCACCACUAGUUUUUGUGUGAAUUUGCAAAAUAAAUCUUUUAAAUGUACCAAGA